AUGGCAGGGAAGAUCAGUGCCGGCACUACUAACAAGUACUUGUUUGUAAUACAAAUUAUUCUAUUGGGAUUGAUUGUGUCGCUGUUGUUCCAUCUUGACUUUAUUAAGACACCGACUAGCGAUUAUGGACUGAUUCAAAGGAACAACAAUGAAAUACAAGAGUAUGUAUAUGACCAGAAUACCAAUAAGUCCAAGAUGAACGUUGACAGCAGUAAGACGGUUGAUGGAAUGUGGAAGCAUUACGAUGUUGUGAAGACAAAGGCUAUUUUGAUGACAUCUGACAACGAACAUGUCAAGAUAUUUGACUUUAGCAACUUCAGCAUGAAGCAGUAUGAACGAGAAGCGUACCUGAAGUAUUUGAACGACAUGGGAGGAUAUGUGCCGUUCUUGAGAAUUUUGAGGUAUGGAAUACGCAAGUUCUUAAUUGAUGCGCUGAAGGACAAGAUUGAAAAGGAGAACAAUGCGCCUGUGAUUUAUGGAUGCCUUAUUAUACCAAACACAGAAGGAGGAUACAAAUUUAUGUCGAGGCUGGAUGUUAUGGAUGUUGAAUGCACCUGGAGGGAUAUUAAAUGCGUUUACAUCAAGGAAGAGAGCAAAAAAUAA